AUGGACGAAGUGGCUAAGAAUCCAUUUCUGUGUAUUCUGGAAAAUAGUUUCUUUCCAUUAUACAAGUCGCUUUUUAACUCGAAAAGUAUUGUACUGCUCCCAAUAUCGCAGUCGCUGAUCAACAUAGACAUCACAAAGAAGUUUAUAGAACAGCACAUAUUGACGGAGACGAGCAUUAAGAACAACUUCAUAAACAACAAGGGGCAGAUAGUGGAGUUGAUUAACGACACUUUCGUCACGAGCUUUGGGUUCAACAACCACAGCGUAUGUAACAUAAUAAAGAGAAUUAAGAUUCCGCACGGGAGUAACUACAUAGAAGCAUAUCUGAUUGAUUCGCAUCUGCUGGUGUCAAACAACACAGAAUUGACAUACCUGCAAUAUAACAUCGAGGACGAUAUUGAAGUGAUCAUACAGAGGUGGUCGAAGGACAACGAGGAGUUCGGAAGGUUCUUCAUCAACUCGUUAAACAGGUUCAAGAGCACGUUUGUACUGGUGCCAGGGUAUGAGUCGGAGACCUCAAACAUAAUAUCCAACAUCACAGACAAAUCGAUAAAACUACUGCUUGUGGACAAAAAGGACUACUCAGAGCAGUUUAAGAGGAAACUCGUGGAAAUAUGCCUCAACUACUCGUACCACUAUCUUCAUGAUCUACUUUGGGGAUAUUUGGUAAAGUCAUACAGCACAAAAGAGGAGAUCAUAGAGAGUAGAAUCUCAAAAAUGAGAAACGAGUUAAAUUUGAACCUGUCACUGCUGAUAUUUGAAAACAGACACGAGGUCUCCAACAUAAACAUAUUGCCAUCAGUGGAGCUGCUGCACCAGAUGGAAGCGACGAGGUUGCCGUUGAAAAAGCUUAACUACCUGGAAAAGGCAAUACUGAUCAACAACUCAAGCUCGGAACCUGAGUCCAUAUCGCUGCUGGUGCUGGCACUGGUAGUAGGAAACGUGCGCAACGCAAUAGAGCAUUACAGUCUUAUGAAGCUCUACCUGCAGAGCAUCAACGAAAACAGCAAGUCCUUGUACCUGCUGGAGUCAGCAAUAUCGUUUUUAAUCAGCUAG